AUGAUGUAGAAUAAUUAAUAAUAAUAAGCUAAAAAAGUGAUAGGUGCCACUUUAAUUUUGGAAGAGAAAUUUAACUUAUAUUUGGGGGAUCUGGAUGACGCACAGAAUAAGGUAUUUUCUGAAGUGAUAGUGUUAAGCAAUGGCUAAAUUAGCAGAAAAUAGGGUGUGUGAUAACUGUUGCAAAUGGCUAACCUGUCAGUUAUUACGACAACAAAAUCAAACAUCACUAUUACUUCAUAGAUGAUAAAGCAGAUUUUAAAAUAUAAAAAUAUUUUUCAAAAGUUUUUCAUGACAUCGAAAGGGAGAUUCAAACUACUAAUGUGCUGAGUAAAUUACUAAGUUAAUUUGUAGUUCAUUGUGCAGCUGGGAUUUCUCGAUCUGCUACAUUCGUCAUUGCAUAUUUAAUUUUGAAGAAGGGAAUGUCGUACAAAUAAGCCUUCAAUCAUGUGAAAAGUAGAAGACCUAUGAUCAGACCGAAUCCAGGCUUUAUAACUGUACUUGAAUCUUUAGAAUAAAAAUAAUGA